CUACUCUUCAGGCUUCUCUCUCUGUCAUUAUAUGUCUGUGAUCUCACCUCGCUGUAUAUAUUCUACAAUACAUACACAGAUUGUGUUGAUAACGAUAAUAUCCUGGAAUCCUGGAUAGCUAAAUCUGUCGAGGAUAGAUUUUAAAAAUAUCUACUACAAAUUUUGUCGAUAGAAUCCCAACUGAUAAAUAACAGAAUCUGUUAAUAAACUAUAAUGGCAGAUUGAGUGCAGAAACUGAACUAUUUGAAUGUUUACAAAAAGACAGAUUCUAUGCGGUUUCUGUCGACAAUCUGCUGUCAGAUUAUAUCGGCAGGCUCUGCUAGGAACACGAGUUUAAUGCGGAUACAGAUGAUACCGGAUCUGCAAUAACUAGCUAUAAGCAAAUCUGCUGUCAACUUGUUAUCAUACUGAAAGCAGUUUAUGCUUACUGAGAUGUUUAAUGUAGAUUAGUAUGUCAUAAAAUAAUUGAAAUAAAAAAUAUGAAUAAUAACAAUAUGUUAACAUUCAUUUUCUGUCUGUGAAUUGAUAAUGAGAAUGAGUUAUCGUAACCGUGAGCAUUUUCCGGUGAUAGCUGCACAGGAAGGGUCAUUACGUCAGUUUACUGUUGGGAAAUUUAAAUUGCAACCAUGGAAUGCAGCAACAGCGUGUCAGAAACCACUGGGAUGGCAAGCGGCGUCGAGGCAAGAGAAUCCCAGCCUUUUAACACAUUGGCAGAAUUGUACAGUACCCUGGAAGAUGGGUUAACAGAAUCACCAUUGGCAUACAUCACAGAAUCGGUGGAUUAUGUGUACCGAGGCUCAGAUAUCGUCGCACAGAAGAUUCCGCUGGAAAGGGUGGAUAGGGCCGAGCAACCCAGAACCCUGGUCUGUCAUGAUAUGAAAGGUGGUUAUCUCGAAGACAGAUUCCUACAGGGUUCAACCUCCCACGAUUCUUAUGUAUUUUAUCACUGGAGCAUUGUCGACACGUUCGUUUACUUUAGUCAUCACUUUGUGACUAUCCCGCCCUGCGGAUGGAUCACCGCGGCUCAUCGUCACGGCGUAAAAGUCUUGGGUACCGUGAUCACGGAAGGGAACAAUGACACUUGGGACACGAUUCUCGCGUCGCAAGAGGAUGCGAGAAAAUUUGCAGACGCUUUGGUAUUGAUUGCAAUAAGUUAUCAAUUUGAGGGCUGGCUCUUGAACGUCGAAAAUAAGAUCAAGCGAGAGGAUAUUGAUAAUCUGAUUUAUUUCAUCAAGUAUCUAACGGAAAGCAUUCACAAUGAAAUUGAAAAUUCUGAAAUUAUCUGGUACGACAGUGUGACCAAUAAGGGUGAAUUAAACUGGCAGAACGAACUUAAUGACAAUAACAAAGAGUUUUUCUUGCACUGCGAUGGUAUAUUCUUAAAUUAUACUUGGACGGAAUCGCGACUGAUCAGUAGUCGUCUACUCGCAAAGGAAUUGGGUCGCGAUAUUAAGGAUAUUUAUGUUGGAUUAGACGUUUGGGGGAGAGGAUGUCCAGGAGGAGGCGGCUUUAACUCAACAUACGCGCUGAACUUGAUACGGGAACAAGGGCUUUCAGUUGCUAUCUUCGCUCCUGGAUGGACACACGAGUACUUUGGUCCAAGCGCUUUUCCAAUUUUAGAAGAUUUAUUUUGGGCUCAAUUGUUCCCUUAUUUAUAUGUGCACGUACCCAUUUUCGAAGACGACACAUUUAAAACUUCCUUCUGUCGAGGUGCUGGUAUCUGCUACUAUUAUAAUGGCGAGGAACAUUUUGAGCCGUAUAUGAUAAACGGCGAAAGCACACCCGAAAAGAAAGCAUUUUACAAUCUGCGAAUGCAGCAACUGCAAUUGGCAAUUCCUGUGCCAUACUUGCAAUUUACGCGAUCAACUCAACGAACGCUUCCUGGAGAUGUUGUUAAUGAAGAACAUAAUAAUGAUGAAAAUAAUAAAAGUAACGACACCAGUUGUGACAAGAAAGAAACCCGUAUAGAACGUAUCUACGAAAAUAGAAAGAACAUUAUACGAGUGUGUGGUAAAGUCGUCAAGUUUGAAGACAAAUUGUCUGCCGUCGAUGUCAAUACUUUCGAGUUUUGCGAUAAAUUUUCCUACAAUGGCGGUGGAUGCUUGAAGCUAGUCACCAGAGAUCCUAGACUACAUCACAGAUUAUUCUUGGUGCAUAUCGAUUCGAAGCAAGAUAUUCAUGCGACCGUCAUUUAUGCAGGACCUGAGGUCACCUCGUCGAUCGAGUUUAACAAAAAUCCCAUUCUAAUCCUGGGUAACAACGGUAAUUUAAAAUCGAUCCUACCGUACGAUUCUGUCAGAGUGAACUCCAAAUGGAGAAAAUGCUCUUAUUUGACGACUUUAAGGACCGUGGAUGAAAUCGGCGUAUCCUUCCUGACAGAGUGCGAGUGUUACUUAGGCGAGAUCGUUUUGGAGAGCACGAGAGUUUCGUGACCGGCUUUACAGUUACAUUAAGAUUCCGCGCGAGAGCGAGACAGUUGCGCAUAGUAAACGUAUUACGUCAUGAUAAAAGCAUAUCACAAAGUCCUUGGAUUGCGUACAGAACCGCUCCUUAACGAUUACACAUUAUAGAUGCCCUUCCUCGCCUGCUCCUCCUCCUCCUUCUCGUUUCUGCCGAUUGAGAGUCACUUGGGUGAAAGGCGCGCGUAAACUGUUCCGCGAUAGACCAAUCGUUCGAUUUUAUUAGACCACUCCGGCAUUCUACCGAGGGAUCAGGUGCGAAGUUGUACUACGACUAAAAACAUUCCUGCGACAAUGUCGAUGAUAAAAACAAAAUUGCUCGCCUGUGGCAAGCAUUUAUCCACGGUAUUCAAUGGGCGAAGAUGACAUCUUUGACAUCUUAAGUAAUUCGUUAGCUUAACGAGACUUCUAUUACAAGGAUAUCUGCAUUCUUCGAUAUAGCAAAACGCAUGCCGCAACGGCACGGCGGAUGCGAAUUCUGUUACAGCCACUUAGACGCGGUCAACUUCUUUACACCGGAUAUUACAAAUCAUCGGCAUUUGCGCACUCGCACGGUUAAACGAAUGGUAUUUGUACCCAAAGGUGGGCAUGCAGCCACGCGCGUAUUUGAUAUAUGCAUUGUAAUCAAUGUGUCGCCUACUGAGAAGAUGAGACGUACAUAUAUUUAAUUGCAUUGAGACCCUCCGAUGCUGUGCAAUCAAGUCGCCGACGCUUUCCAACUUUACUCAUUGUCAGUUAACGACGUGCAUCCACAAUAUGUUCUUGCGAAUUUCUUAAAUCAAUCGCGGGGAAUUCUGUGAAUCGAUUUUCUCGUUAAAAAUUCAAGAAAAAGGAUUUUAUUCACGUAUAUGCAAUGCGUCGUGUAUAAAUUUUGCGCUUUUUAAUUUGCAUUAAUAUAAAAAAAUUCUUUAUUACACACAACGCGAUUUAUUAUUUUCAUGCUACAAUAACUUCGUUUUCUCUGUUGAAUAUUCCCACGUAUAUUGUUA